GGACAGGCAAGGUUCUUACCCCAGUCCUCAACAACUUGGGACACUUGAACCUUAACCUUCGGAAUCGCGGUUCAAUCUCCAUGGGCAAGCUUGUCGCAAUUCAAUGGGUUCCAAAUCCAGGCAAGAAGACGAAGGUCAGACACAUUGACGGUGACAAGCUCAACAACCGUAAGGAGAACCUCGAGUGGUUCUAA